AUGGGUGCCAGCUGCUGUGGCAGCCGAGAGAAGUUGGACGAAGGAGACAGGCUUGGCCUGUGCUUCGGGGACAAGGCGAAAGAGGAGGUUGCGGCGGAGGCUCGGCAGGAGCAAAAGGAGGCAGAGGAGGUGAGGAGCCUUCAGUUGGUGGUUCGGCGGACCUUCCUGAACUUCGAAGUGGUGGAGCCCGAGCCCAGGGCACAACGACGGUCGCUCAGCGAGCCUCCACUCCGAAAUGCUUGUGAGAAGGGCUUCGACGAAGGGCAGGAGGAAGUGGCUGUGGUGCCGGAUUGCGCCUGUAUGCAGGCUGGGAAGAUGUCGCACCCGGCGGACAACCCCUAUGAGCCGCCGCAUUGCAUCUGGGAGCCACAAGUCCCUAGCAAGCCGGAGCCGGCCGCCUUUCAGCUCCAGAGGGCGGUGCAUUUCCUGGAGGGGCCGGUUCGAUGGGAGCUAUACGCGCCAGGCGCUGGCAAAGGGAUCGGAGAGAUCUCAUGGACUUAUUUUGCCUGGUGA